AGUUAUACUUUGUAGUCAGAGUGUCUGCAUCGAGCAAUGGGGAGCAACGAAGAAGGAAAGUCCACACAAUCUGACAAGCCAGAACAAGUACAAGCUCCUCCUCCUCCUCCUCCUCCUGAGCAAAGCAAUGUUCAUGUUUAUCAUCAUGAUUGGGCUGCUAUGCAGGCAUACUAUGGCCCUAGAGUAGCCAUACCUCCUCAAUAUUACAACUCAAAUGGUCAUGCUCCUGCUCCCCCUCCUCCUUAUAUCUGGGGUUCUCCUUCGCCAAUGAUGGCUCCUUAUGGAACACCCUACCCACCAUUUUGUCCUCCUGGUGGAGUCUAUGCUCAUCCUGCUCUUCAAAUGGGCUCACAACCACAAGGUCCCGUUUCUCAAGCAACACCGGUUGUUACAACAACUCCUUUGAACUUGGAAGCUCCAGCUAACUCGCCUGGAAACACGGAUCAGGGGUUCAUGAAAAAGUUGAAAGAAUUUGAUGGACUUGCAAUGUCUAUAAGCAAUAACAAAGCUGGGAGUGCUGAACACAGCAGUGGACCUAGGAAUUCUCAGAGCUCCGAGAAUGAUGAUUCCAGCAAUGGUAGUGAUGGGAAUACAACUGGGGGAGAACAGUCCAGGAAGAAAAGAAGCCGGGAAGGAUCACCGAACAAUGAUGGGAAACCUUCAUCUCAAAUUGUUCCUCUUCUUAGAGAUGAAAAUGAGAAAGCUGCAGUGACUAUGGGGACUCCUGUUAUGCCCACAGCUAUGGAUUUCCCACAGCCAUGCCAUGGUGCGCCUCAUGAAGUCUGGAAUGAAAAAGAGGUUAAAAGAGAGAAGAGAAAACAGUCAAACCGAGAAUCUGCUAGAAGGUCAAGACUAAGGAAGCAGGCUGAAACUGAAGAACUCUCUGUCAAGGUUGACGCACUAGUUGCUGAGAACAUGACUCUGAGGUCAAAACUAGGCCAACUAAACGAUGAGUCUGAGAAACUACGGCUGGAGAACGAAGCUUUAUUGGCUCAACUGAAAGCGACGCAGACGCAAGCAACUGGGAAAACAGAGAACCUUAUAUCUCGAGUUGAUAACAACAACAACAACUCUGUAUCAGGUAGUAGUAAGAAUGUGGAACAACAACUCUUAAACGUAAGUCUAAGAACCGAUUCUGUGGCGGCUAGCUAAGUUGACUGUGGCGCAGAAGUGAAAGAAACCAUUUCAUUUCUUCUAAUGGGUUCUGAUUGUAACUUAAAAAAAAAAAGUUUUUUCUUAGAUUUAUAGCUCUCUCAUCUCUGCAUGGUGAGCAGAAACUGAUAUAAUAUCCUUAAGCAGAAGAGAUUCAGUGUGGUCUUGAUUGAUUAGUUUUAGUGAUAUCAUACUAUACAAGCGAAUGGAUUCAAGAAAAGGGGAGACCUAUUUUGAUGGUCUCUCUUCUUCAUGAUCGUUUGUGUAUUCUUCUUUUAUGAAAACACUCUUUCGUGUGUGUGUGUGUGUGUGUUUGUAUUAGAUUAACGUGUUGUAAGACUUAUCAAUGCAAGACUUAUCAACUAUUCUAUACAUUCA